AUGGCGUGCGAUAAGUGCGGCGACGCGUGCGCGUGCGGCCCGGGUGCGUGCGCGUGCGCGAGCGCGCUGACGUGUCAUGCGUGCGGGCACAAGAGUUGCGGCUGCGCGCGAUGUAGAUGCGCGUGCGAUUCGUGCCAGUGCCAGACGAAGAAGUGA